AUGACGGGGGCAGAUGAGUUUAACUUAGGCUCUCUUCCCUACGACGCCCUAUACCACAUUGCUUCUUUCCUUGAUGGCGAGGAUCUUCUCUCCCUCGCUCUUAUUGCUCGUUCGAUUAGCUCGAUCGCCAGCGAUUGUCACCUGUGGCGAGCCCUGUUGCGGCGAACGUAUGGCCAGCGCACGCCCAACGACUCAGAGACAAAUGGUGACGAACACCAAGAGGCUGAUGGGUGGAAGCGGCUCUACUUCGUCCGAAAGCGCGAGUGGGCGAAAGUGCAGCACUCGCCGCUGAGCGUGCGGGUCGAGGUCUGCGCCCGAUGGAGCGCGGUGACUCUCCUGCGGGAGGUGCUCACACGCGCGGGCACGGACGUGAACAAGAUCGACGGAUCCACGAACGUCCUGCACGUCGCUUGCCGCGGUGGCAGCCGGGAGGUCGUUGCGAUGCUAGUGGAGGAGUUUAACGCCGAACCGAACAAGAAGAGCCAGGCGCCCAUCGUCAGCGCCGCCACUCGCUCUCGCCUGCCGACGCACAUGAACUGGCACACGCCUCUGAGCUUUGCCGUCGGGAGUGGCAGCGAAGAGACCGUGCAGUGGCUACUGGAGCACCGCGCUCGUGCGGAGCUGGGCGACUGCGUGGGCUGCCUCAUCGCGGCGAGCGCCAAGGGAGUGCCGAGCCUGGUGCGGCUCUUCCUCGAGAAGCUGCGGCCCUUCCGGCCCCGCAGCGGGUGGACGGCCGAACUGCUCGGCAACGGCGAUGCCGCGAGCGCCAAGCUGCUGGACGACGUCUUCCUGACCGCCAUCGAGCUGGCCAGUGUCAGGAACCUGACGUCGCUUCAGCUGCUGCUCGCCGACGCGCCGGCCGGCCUGGCGAAAAAGGCCACGGCCGCCCUGGACAUGGCCGUCCGUGCGGGCAACGCGCCCGCCGUGGGUGAACUCCUCAAGCAUGGCGUGCCGCCAACCAAGGGUCCUGGCGAGUGGGCUCCCAUCCACGACGCAGCUGUCGGUGGCAAUCUGGAGCUGAUCCGACUCUUGGUUCAGUACGGCGCUGAUGCUGGUGCGCACCCCAAUCACCCCAUGCCAACCGCGAUAGACUGCACUGAUGCGAGCGAGCACUCGUAUGCAGGGAUCGCUGUACACUACGGGGGAGACCGCCAGAACGCUCACAUGAUCGCGCUUCAAACGCACGGCAAGCCUGACGUGGUCGAGUUCUUGCGGACAGCGCCGUCUCCCAUGCAGCGAGAGGCUCAGCUGGUGUUCAGGAUUGUCAUCGCCUGCUUGAGCCUGGCGCUGUUGGUGGCCGCGUGGUUCACGAUCUGA